AUGGAUGUUCAAGAAAACUCUAACGAGAUACUUGGAAAACUAUGCUGGUUUUUCCGAGGCAAACAUCACUCAGACAGUCGUUGGUCGUGGGUCGUGUGCAUCUCCUCAGCAAUUUGCGGUGCUCUUAACACCGGCUUUGUCCUUAGUUUCGGCGUUCUAUUCCCUGCAUUAAUGGCACAUUUCGACGAGACAACGGAAACAACUGGUGAGUAUAUUACGUUACACGUAUUCUAAUUACACUGAAAUAUGACCAUCGGCACUGUUGCGUAACGUUCGAAAUAUAUUUGUAUACUGUUGACUCCCGAUAACUCGAACCUUCAAGGGAAAUCGAAAAAAGUUCGAGUUAUCGGGAGCUCGAAGAAAAUAGCCGAGAGUAAGGUAAAAACAGUUUUUACAGCACGGUGAACAUUUUAAUCACAUUUGGUCGUAGAAAUGUCAAGUGAUAAUUAAAAGAUAUCUCGAGAUUAUAAAUCAGAACGUAACGUAACAAAACAUAGCCUAAAUAGAGCAUGCCGGUUUUACUGCUUUGAGAAGUAAAGCUGCUUCACGUUCGCCUGUGACAAUCCACAUCAGCCUCCAUUAGUAAACUAUACUUCUACAACAAGUUUUAAUAGGAAAUCCAAAAUUCAAUGUUUCGGACGACAGUAGACGGCUUUUUUUCCCGACUUUUUAAGAAAUCAAAACAUGGUUCGAGUUAUCGAGGGUAAAAUUAUAUAGAAAAUGACCUGAGCGGAAACAGAAAUUGGUUCGAGUUAGCGGGAGUUCGAGUUAUCGAGGGUUCGAGUUACCGAGGGAAAAUUACAGUAAAUGUAUGACGGAAAUCCAGGGGAAAUCGAUUUUGGUUCGAGUUAGCGCGAGGUUCGAGUUAGUGAAGGUUCGAGUUAUCGGGAGUCGACUGUAAUUGAAAAACGAUUGUGUGUUUCUUCUUUACUGUGUACUUCAUGGUAGCUCCAUUUCGAGCUAAUGUAUGGCCAUUUCAGUUAUGGGUUUUAUUGAAGCUAGUUUCAAGUUUUCCCUUUAAUUCCAUAUACUAGAACAAACCGGUUCGAAUGAAACCCAUCAAAUGGCUAUUUAUCUUAAAUCUUCUCGGGGACCACACAGGAGACUGAGAAGAAACACACAGCUUAUAAUAAGUUAGGUUAGCCGAUUUUAUUUAUAUCCUUUCACAUUCAUAGGCUACAGAAACUAUCGUUUAUUCUCCUUAAAAAUGCGUACUAUAUUUUGAACGUUACGUAACACCUAUGUUCAUUCAAAACUUGGGCCACAUUUGAUGACAUGGAUUCAGUGCUGUAAAAAACAAAAACAAAAACAAAAACAAACAAACAAACUAGACAGAAAUAAGAUGAUGCUAAAAUAGGUUGAACCCUAUAUGUCUGUAAGAACAUAUUUUAUCAGACUUCAAAUUGACUAGGGGUAAAUUUACAUACUAGAAAUUAGUCUUUGUUUUUCCAUUCAGCAGGACAGUAGCCUGGUUGAUAGCUGCUAUUACAGUAUUAGGCUUUGUACCUUAAUCCUAUAAUACAAUACAGAGAACAAACCUGGGUUCACUAAAAACCAUAAAAUGGCCAAAAAUCGGCUCGGGGACCACACAGGACAGAAGAAACAAAUGUAAACUAAAGUGAGGGUAUCAAGAGAUUACAGCAGUUUUAUUUAAAUUGUUAACACAUUCGUACUACUAGUUACACUCGUUUUCUCCCCACAGAUCCUUAUAUUUCUAAGGUUACGCAUCAAUGCCGAUGAUCAUAUUUUAGUCGAGCUGACCGACAGCUUGGUCCAGCUGAAGCUACUCCUUCUUAAUACCUUAAAAUUGAGGCUUACUCUUCUAAGGAAAACUAGCUAGACUCAUUUUACUGUUCCAGCUCUUAAACGCUGUCAUAGAUUAGUGGUUUCAUCAUCAAAUAUGAGGAAAUUGAAGGUCUUCUAAGCUGAGAAGAUAUGAAGACAUCUGAAAACAAGAUUAUUUUAAAUCAUCUUUACAAUAACGUCAACUUUGUUUUCAGCUGGCCUCGGCUCGCUAACCUUGGGCAUGGCAUGGUUCGCCAGUCCGCUGCCUGGUUAUCUCUGUGAUCGUUUUGGUUGUCGUAUCACGAACUUCCUGGGAGCAGUGCUGUGCAUGAUCGGCUUGGUGGUAUCGUCAUUUGCUAAGAGCCUCACUCACAUGUACUUCACCCAUGGUGUGAUAAUUGGCUUAGGAAUAUGUUUUAUCUACAACUCCUGCUAUCUUGUAAUCGCACAGUACUUUAAAAAGAGGUUGUCCAUGGCAACUGGUAUUGUAGCCUUAGGGGAAAGUACGGGCGUCUUUUUCACAGGUCCGUUGCUUCAAUUUCUUUUGGAUUCAUUUGGAUGGAGAGGCACUUACAGGAUCAUGGUCGUGGCUUUCGCCCUUGUCUGCCUCCUGGGCUUGACUUACAACCCAAACAUACAAUUGCAGGAAACUAAAGAUCUCGAUUUAGCAAGAAAUAAUGAGGACAAUAAAGAUGAAAGAAGUAACAUUUCUCUUUACUGCAGCGUGUGGAAAAUUCCUACUUUCGUGGCAGUUACCACUUCUUUUAUGGUGACAGCGUUUGCCAUAUACAUUCCAUUAAUAUAUCUGGUAAGUUUUAUUACAUACCCUUUGGACAUGGAAAGAAUAAAUUUAUACUGUGUUGCAAUGGAGUAAUUGUAGCCCCGCCCCUUAAUGAUUUUUACGCUGACGAGCUCAAUGACAUAAUGGCGAGACCCAAUGUUACUGCAAACGGAAAACUUACGACAAAUACAGAGCGCUAGGCACGCUGAUAUUCGAUUUAUCAGGUACGUCAUCAACUCCUGCUUAAUACGCGCGCAAGUUCUGUGAAGUAUUUCACAGUGAACGACCAAUGAUAUCCUAACUGACUAAACGGACUGGUUUGAUUAUUUUUGUAGGUGAAGUUUUCAGAGGAUAAUGGAAUAAGCGCCCAAGCUGCUUCUCGCUUAUUUAUUUUUAUUGGACUUGCNAAGUAUUUCACAGUGAACGACCAAUGAUAUCCUAACUGACUAAACGGACUGGUUUGAUUAUUUUUGUAGGUGAAGUUUUCAGAGGAUAAUGGAAUAAGCGCCCAAGCUGCUUCUCGCUUAUUUAUUUUUAUUGGACUUGCUUCAUCUCUUGCAAGAAUCAUAACAGGAAAGUUGUGCAACAUCAAAAAAGUAAAUUCCAUAUUUAUUUAUCAGGCAUCCAUGCUAUUGGCUGCUCUUUCCACACUUUUGCUUCAGUUUGCUGCCACAAAAUACUGGUUGUUAAUCGUCUUCAGCUUUAUCUAUGGCUUCAGUGACGGAAUUUUCAUGACAUCAGCUGUGUAUACUCAGCUGACCUGCGUGGAUGCUAAAAGAGUAACAGCGUCCUUCUGUACUAGCAACGUACUUUAUUCAAUAGCUGCAGCUGCUGGUAGCCCCAUUGCUGGUGAGUUAAUACCUGUAAUGAGUCUUUUUGGCUUGUAUGUUUUGUUUUCGCAAUUAAGGUCAUGUGAUCAUUGUGUUCUCGAGGGAAUUUGCCAUUUAUCUUUUCAUAAAUCCUGCAUACAUGAUCAUAAUACUCAUGGACGUGAUGAAAUUUAAAACAAACUGGGAAUCUGGGGGCAACAUUACAUGGUUUGAAAAAGGAAGUGAAGUAUACGAAAAGGUCUAUUACUAACUGUAACGAUCUAAAUUGUUUUCUGCUACGAUUAAUGUAUUGUGCUGGUGCGCAACAUUCCACACGGGUUGAACACAGCCUAAAGGAGGGUGAUCCCGUAUGGAACGCUCGUCAGGGAAAAAGAAACCCCUAGACGAUCAUGUUCUGUUCUCGAAAUAUUUGCGUAAGUCAAAAUAUAUAUCACAAUAUUUUGAAAAUAGGUGCUUCUGUUUACAGCCCUUUCGAAUGAAGUAAGUCUCUUACUAUUAAAAUACGCCCUCAGAGAAUUUGACUUAUUUUGUUGUAAAAGCAGACUUUGAUUGCCAUUUCUUUUGAACAGGUUUAAUAGUGGACAACACAGGAAGUUAUGUUUACUCAUUCUAUAUGACUGGUGGUGUUCUUCUGGUCGCAUUUCUUAUUCCAAUGAUUUUGAUUCCUAUCAAUCAUAGAAGUAUCAGAGGUCUUCCUCAGAACCACAUCAAUGACGAUAAACAAAUGGUUACAGAAAGAUCGAAAGGGGUGGAGACUCAGGGACAAACUUCCUAUCACUAUAGUAAGGGAGAAAUCUCUAAAAAAGGUUCUUUAAGAUGUUCUGUGUCACUGCCUAAAUGGUACUAAAGCGGUCGAUUAGUUACGAGCUGAAAAUAAUGAAGUAGUCCAGCAGGAAGAUGGAGUUCCCGUGCACCUAUUAAAUAAUAUUUUUUUACAUUUUUGUAAUUCUCACGGUUGUGUUUUCCACAAACAUGUUCAUAUGUUCCUAUCACGAAAUAUUGUGCCUUGUGCCAAACCUUUCUUUUGUCUGUUCCUUUGACCAACAAUAAUCCCUUGAGAUCCCUCGAUUGGUGGAUCCAGAUCCACCAAUCAGCGUAUCGCGACCGUUGUCAGUUCAAAACCCCAACCCUGCCCCACACAGGUUUUUACAUCGGUCGCGAUACGCUGAUUAAUGGAUUUGGAUCGACGCACAUACCUAAAAUGCCUUUGGUCGAGAAUUUUGCACCGAUCAUGUCGAGAAAGCUGGUCUUGCAACUUCAGGAUCGCUUUUCUCGAGAAAUUGUGGACGAACUGAGCUCUCACUGUGCGCAGGCCUGGAGACAUAUCUUACUAGUGGACUGGGAGCCGGUAUUUUCGAGGAACGAAAUUAAAUAG